UGUUUUUCAAUCGCACUCAAAGAUAAAUUAGUUAAUAAAUACAAGUCCGCUGAUAAUUCGGAUUGUUGAAUACCAGUCAUGAAUUUCUACGUUUUUGUUUUGUGCACGCUUUUCGCCUCGUGUUAUUCCAAACCCAACAAUGUUGGGAUAAUCGGGGGGAAAGUGGCCCGCGUUGGGGAAUUCCCCUGGCAAGCGGCCGUUUACGUGGACACCGCUGACGGCAAAUUCUUUUGUGGGGGGUCUCUGAUCAACAAUCAGUGGAUUCUGACUGCUGGUCAUUGCGUUUACAAUGCGAGACUUUUUACAAUUCAUUUGGGUUCAAUCACCCUGCAAGCUGGGGACCCCAACCGAGUGGUUCUCUCAACCUCCACGUCAGUCGCUUUCCCCAAUUUCGACCCCCUGACUUUGGAGCACGACAUCGGGCUUAUUAAACUGCACAUGAAAGUGGAACUUUCUGAUUACAUACAACCAAUCGAACUGGCCGACAUUGGGGCCAUUUCCGAGGGCAGUGCCGCCAUAAUCUCAGGAUGGGGCCAAACCGCUGACGCAACUGCCGGUUUGUCUAACAAUCUCCAAUACACAAACGUGGUAGUUAUAUCAAACAAUGAGUGUAAACAGACCUACGGUGACCAAAUCAAAAACACGAUGAUUUGUACUGCUGGUAACUUCAAUGAGGGCAUUUGCACUGGAGACACUGGUGGUCCGCUGAUCCGAGCCAAAGGGGCUGACAAUUAUGUACAAAUUGCCGUUGCUGGAUUUUUCAGUCAGAGUGGCUGCGAACAGUUGCACCCUUCGGGAUAUAUCAGGACCGAUCUGUACAAAGCCUGGAUUCAGAAUGUAACCGAAACGAUGAACCGCGGCCAAAAUUUAGUCAGUGCAAAAAUGAAGCCGUUACUGCUCCUUUUCUCGUUCAUUUUUGUGAUUUCGGCUAAAAAAUCCGUAAUUAAUCUGCGACGAGUCAACGACAGCGAAAAUUUCAAUUCCAGACCGCGAAUAAUCGGAGGAAAUGCUGCUGCAAGUGGCCAGUUCCCCUGGCAAGUCGCUAUUUACAAAGACACUCCAGACGGCAGAUAUUUUUGUUCGGGGGCUUUGAUUAACGCUCGUUGGGUCUUAACCGCAGCGCAAUGUGUCUACGAGGCUACGCAAUUCACGAUUCAAAUGGGAUCGAAUCAACUGUCAUCAAAUGACGAAAACCGAGUCAUUGUAACGACCUCCACUUACGUUAUUCAUGAAGGUUUCGAUCCGACAAUAUCGCUUGCUAACGAUAUUGCCUUAAUUAAAUUACGGAUGCCUAUCACAUUCACUGAUUAUAUCGAGCCCAUAAUUGUUGCGAAUUUUGGGUACUUGUAUCCGGGGCGAGUUGUUAAGGCUGCAGGCUGGGGACAAACCAGUGAUGAGGACAGUGGGUUGGCAAACAGUUUGAAUUUUGUUGAAAUCGGAAUAAUUGAGCAAAACGCUUGCAAAACGUACUUCGGAAAUCAACUCGUGGACACGAUGAUUUGUGCUGAAGGAAAUUACAACGAAGGAAUCUGUUUUGGCGAUAUUGGAGGACCACUCAUAACUUCCGCUGAUGUGGGAAUAGAACUUUAUGUCCAUGUGGCUAUAGCUAGUUUUAUAAGCCAGAAUGGGUGCGAAAGCUUGGACCCAACUGGGUAUACUCGAGUCGAUUCUUUUUACGCAUGGAUUGAUAAUGCCACCAGGCAUAAUUAAAUCUACUUUAAAAAAAUAAAUAUGCAAUGUUUGUUAAUUAAAGUUUUUUCGAAAUUUUCAAAUUCGAAGGCGACUUGUGCCCCCUUAAUUGGAUUAGGUGCAAAUCUCUCGGUACACAUUUAUGUUUUGGUUAAAUUGCUUUGUUGUAAUAAAUUAAAAUAUGAAAUUGUGGAAGUGCU